CAAUGUAGACUGUGGUUUACACGUUAAAUCUAGAAUACUUUUUAAAUAGUGGGUACAUCUAAAUGGACAGUCUCUCCAUGAGUUUUCUUAAAUAGAUUUGGAUACCGAAGCUGUGAAGUAAAUUAUGGGUGUGAAAAUGUAUGGUUUUAUUAAUGAGCUUAAACCAGUGUUGUUAAUGGUUGUGGCUCAAGCUUUGUAUGCAGGUCUAAAUGUUCUUUAUAAGCUUGUUUUGUACGAUGGGAUGAGCGUGAAUAUUCUGAUUGCCUAUAGAUUCAUUUUUGCCUCUGCUUUCAUGGUUCCUCUUGCUUUCUUUGUGGAAAGGAAGAAAAGACCGAAAUUGACAUGGAUGACAGGUUUUCAAGGAUUUCUUUGCGGGAUAUUUGGGGGAUCACUGGGCCAAAGUAUAUUUGCUGAGAGCUUGGCUUUAACAUCGGCCACAUUUGCAUCUUCUAUGUCCAACCUUAUUCCAGCCUUGUCUUUUAUCAUGGGUGCAAUCUUUGGGUUGGAGAUGUUUGGAAUUAGAACAUUGGCAGGCAAAGCUAAGGUGGUAGGAGUUGUAGUAAGUUUUAGUGGGGCAAUGAUUUUCAUCCUUUGCAAAGGACCAGAAAUCAAGAUGUGGUCAACUGGCAUCAACUUGUUACAAAAUUAUGAUACUACAGUGCAUCACAGGAACACUAAUUACGCCUUGGGCUCCUUCCUUUCCAUAUCUAAUUGUUUAUCUACGACAAUUUGGUUGCUGAUUCAGGCUAAGAUGGGUGAGAAGUAUCCUCCUUACAGUGUUACUGCUUUGAUGUGUGUUUCUGCAUCAAUCCAAGCUACCAUAUACGCUGUAUUCGUUGAGAGAGAUUGGUCUAAGUGGAAACUUGGUUGGAACAUCAGACUACUGACAGCUAUUUAUGUGGGAAUGUUCCCCUCAGGAGUAUGCGUUACAAUAAUAACUUGGUGUUCAGCUAAGAAGGGUGUAUUGUUUGCAUCUGCUUUCUAUCCUUUGGGACUCGUGUUUGUUGCAAUUGCUGGAACUUUCUUUCUUGAUGAACAUUUAAACUUGGGAAGCUUAAUGGGAGCAAUACUCAUAGUAUCAGGCCUAUAUUGUGUGUUGUGGGGAAAAAAUAAGGAGCUAAAGUUGACAUCCAAAAUGCCAUGCUCAAAAGGGUCAAGAGAUUCGGCACCAAUAAGUAGUACUGAAGCUACAUCAAUUAAAUCCGUCCAAGAUGAAGUCCAGACUCCUAGUGUAAUUGUAUCCAUAGAGCCUGUUCGGGUGAAUGGUUCCAAACAAGAUAUAUAAAUAUAUAAAGUAGAUUUUGUUGGCUCUAAAAAAAUAUUAAGGUAUUUUGGUAACGUGACUAGUUUUUAACUCUUUCUUUUUAAUUUAGUUUUUAAUUUUUUUGUAAUUUUUUUUCUAUGUAAUUGUAUGUAAUUUAUUUCUAUCAAGUCUUGGUUAAUGAUGGUUUUA